CCCCUGGUGACAGGCAGGGAGCCUGCGCUGAGUUCUCUGCACCCACCCAGGGCCCCGGAGACUGGAGCCGGGAGCCGGAGACAUGAACAAGAUCUUCCCCCAGGGGGAUGGCAAUGCUGCUGCCGCUGGAAGCCAAGCCCUCCCUGGAAGGGAAGCCGACUGCAGCCCUUUCUGCUGCUCGUGCCGAGGGGCCUGCCUCUCAGCCUUCCUGAUGCUCCUGCUGGCAACUCUUGCAGCCCUGAUUGCCCUGGUCGCCAUCCUUGGACCCCCACCUCACACGCCAGUCUGGUCACCCUGGGUGGUGCCAUCCAUCUGCAUGUCUGCCUUCGCCACAGAGGACAGGGACCUGUCCAACAUAUCCCUGAGGCCCGACUUCAGUGGGGCCCAGCCCUGCGUGACACAGAUGAACAGGACGGGCUUCCUAUGCCAUGACCGGAGGAGCUGCAUCCCAGCCAGCAGGGUCUGUGAUGGCGUCCGCACCUGUGCCCACGGCGAGGACGAGGAGGAGGCCUUGUGCCGAGACAUGCCCCAGAGCCUCCCUGGCUUCCUCGUGGCUCACUGCGGAGACCCCGCUUCCUGGAUCUACUCAAACCAAAAGUGUGAUGGGAUCAACAACUGUGGGGACUGCUCAGAUGAACUGAGUCCAGUGACUACGUGCCCGCCCUGCGGCCCUGGCUGGUGGCGCUGUCCCUCGACUGUCUUCAAAUAUUGCAGCUGUAUCCCCAGGAGCCUCUGCCGUGAUCACGUGCAGCACUGCUCCGACUGGUCUGACGAGUACUCCUGUCCUGGACCCUGAAUGGGUCACCCAGGCCAGAGUGGGAGGCUGGUUGGAAUGGCACUGAUAACCCAUCACAUGUGCUAUGAAUCCAAGUACACAAGGGCAGGAAGGGGCCUUCGAGAUCAUGUAGUGGGAUCUACACACCGUUGUCUCUGAAUAGGAAUUGCCUCUCCUGCUUUCAAGUUUUUCAGCCUCUGCUUGAAUUCUUCCAGUGACGGGGAGCUCACUAGCAUGUUAGGCAACUCCUAACAAAGACGAAGGGAAUCUGCUUCCAUGAUUGGAGGCCUGACUCUGGGGCCGCACAGAGGAAAUCUGCUCCUCCACUCCAAGACAGGCUUGCAGAUACUGACCUUGUCACCCCUUGGAGAAAAGAUAAGUCUUGGGCUUAAACACCAAGCUGAGAAGUUUAGCCCUUAUGAAUGGCACAUAUAUGAAGUAUAUGCCACUUCCUGCCCUUUUGGUACCUAAGGCAGAUAUUGCUGGACUUGGAUGCAGCCUCAGUGUUUUCUCAGCUCAGUAAGCCUAGCAGGUCCCACUGAUGGAUCACAUGAGAUACACAUGAGAUGGGGUACUUGUCAUCCUGCCCCUAGGAAGCCACCCCAGGAAGCUCUGAGCUGUAGGAAGAACAGCUUGAGGAGCACCCCCACCGCCCCUUCCAUCCCUUCUCUUCCCAACCACUCCCACCCUCACCCCGUGACCAGCUGCCCAACAAAACAGCCCAGGUUCCUUCAAGUAGGGAUUGUAUUUGGGUUCCGGAGCCUGAGUGAAAGAGUUGUUUCUCGACGUACAUUUCCAGUUUCACAGCACCCAGGCAGGCAAGGAUGGAUAUCCCCAUUAAACAGAUGAGGAAACUGUGGCCCAGAGGGAGAAAUAACCAGGAUCAUACAGCAAAGUAAGGGCUGGAACUGGGACUCAAAUACCAUCCAUGGUGUCCCAACCCCAAAGUCUUUCCAUCUACCAGUGUGACUCUGUCUUGGCCAGGGUGGAGGCAGAGUCUCUGUAGCGUAUUUAAAAAGGUGGCUUGAGAAUCAGAAAGUGCCCCACCCUUAUUCUGAAAGAUGGACUUGGAAUCUGGCCAAUAAGGGGACUCCUGCUGAGGGAGCCGGACAUAUCUCCACUGGAAAUUAAUAAAAUCAGUUCUGUGUAUCA